AUGCAUGUUACUGCCCUUGAAGAGCUUCUCAGGCAACAAGAUGUGGAGGUGGAAGACAGUGAUAUUGAUGAUCCUGACUUUGUUUCACAGAAACAUGGCUACACACACCUUUCUGCAGGAGAACUUCUUCGUGAUGAGAGGAAGAAUCCAGAUUCACAAUAUGGUGAACUGAUUGAAAAGUACAUUAAAGACGGAAAGAUUGUGCCAGUUGAGAUAACCAUCAGUUUAUCAAAGAGGGAAAUGGAUAAGACGAUGGCUGUCAGUGCUCAGAAGAAUAAAUUCUUGAUUGAUGGGUUUCCAAGAAAUGAAGACAAUCUUCAAGGUUGGAACAAGACCAUGGAUGGGAAGGCAGAUGUAUCUUUCGUUCUGUUUUUUGACUGUGAUAAUGAGAUCUGUAUUGAACGAUGUCUUGAGAGGGGAAAGAGUAGUGGUAGGAGUGAUGACAACAGAGAGAGCUUGGAAAAGAGAAUCCAGACCUAUCUUCAGUCAACAAAGCCAAUUAUUGACUUAUAUGAAGAAAUAGGGAAAGUCAGGAAAAUAGAUGCUUCUAAAUCUGUUGAUGAAUUUUUUGAUGAAGUUGUGAAGGUUUUUGACAAGGAAGCCUAAUUAAUUCUAAGCCUGAAAACAUCCUUAAAAUCAUGCUUGAAUAUUGCUUUGAUAGCUGCUAUCACACCCCUUUUUAAGACAAUUUUUUUU